AUGAAAGAUCGUGUGGAAAAAAAUCAGCCAGAUUAUAUCACAGACUGGAAAGUUACAAUCAUGGAAACAUGGAUGGGUUUGGAUCAGAACUAUAUAGACAGUCUGGUAGAAACAUUAUCAAUUUCAACAAAAGAACACGACUUCACAAUGAACCAGACACCAGAAGCUGUAUCCUGUCCUCCUAUGAAACCACUGCUUGAUGAACCUGAGCUUAUCACUACCAUGGACACUGAGCGGGAACUUCUAGGUAGAAUAACCUGUCUCCGUGAUGAAGAAUUCUGGUUUUGUGGAAUCUACAGAUACAUUUUCCUUCUCAACCUCCAGGGCAAAUUAAUAAAGUCAUUCACAACCAAGUCAAAGAACCGACCAGAGGACAUAGCAGUGACAAGGAGUGGAGAUCUAGUUUACACUGACCCUGGUAAAAGAACUGUAAACAAAGUGGAGAAUGACCAGAUACAGGAAGUGAUCAGACUACAGGGGUGGAUACCUAACUAUGUCUGUAGUACCUUCUCUGGUGACUUCCUGGUUACCAUGGUCAGUGAUGAUUAUAAACAAUCAAAAGUUGUCCGUUACUCCGGCUCCACUGAGAAACAAACCAUUCAGUUUGAUAGUGAAGGCACACCUUUAUAUUCAUCUUGUUCCUCCGUCAGUGAGAACAGGAACCUGGAUAUCUGUGUGGCUGUUGCCGGUGCAGUAGUGGUUGUUAAUCAGGCAGGAAAACUGAGAUUUAGAUACACUGGGCAUCCCUCUACGACAAAGAAAUCAUUCAGUCCAAGUGGCAUCACAAAAGACAGCCAGAGUCAGAUCCUGACAGCAGACUGGAACAACCACUGUAUCCACAUCAUAGAUCAGGACGGACAGUUCCUUGGUUAUAUUGAUAACUGUAAUCUAAAGGAUCCAUGGGGUUUAUGUGUGGACACCAGAGACAACCUCUUCGUUCUUGAGUUUAGCAGUGGUAAAGUGAAGAAAAUCAAAUACAUGUAG